ACCAACACAGAAAACGCUUUCAUUUCUUUACAAAUCUCUUCUUUUCUUCUCUCUGUUUCUCUUCUUCCGAUUCUAAUGGCGGGCAGACUACCCUACAACGCCACAGCAAGGUCACCGAUGACGAUGACGCCACAGCGUUCGCCGUGGCAUUCUCCGGUGCCAUACCUCUUCGGAGGGCUGGCGGCCAUGUUGGGUCUCAUAGCUUUCGCUCUCCUCAUUCUCGCUUGCUCCUACUGGAAGCUCUCCGGUUACCUCGACGGCAACGACGGUAACAGCUCCAACGAAGACCGGGAUCUCGAGGCCGGAGAAGGCGACGGAGCUGAGAAAGCUCCGGCGCCUGUGUUCGAAGAGAAAAUCUUGGUGAUCAUGGCUGGUCAAGUCAAGCCAACUUUCUUAGCCACCCCUAUCUCCAGUCGUUCUUCCUCUUUCGGCGAUACUAGUAGUAAUAACGGUAGCUGUGUCUGUGGCCAAAAGGGUGACCAAAAAUCGGUCGAAAUGGUGGCGCCGUUGCCGGAGAAGAAUGAUCAAGUAACCACCACCACCACCACCACUACCAGUAGUAGCAGUAGUACUGAAUCUGAUCAUGAACAUCAAACCCAUUAAAGUAUUUUCUUUUUUUUUUUGGAAAAAAAAAAGAAAAGAUUUUGUAAUUUGAGCCUCUUUUUCAUGAUGGGAUUUCUGGUGUGAUUUUUUCUCUUUUGUAUUAUUCUCUCGGGAGCUGUAAAUUCAUUUGAGAGUGAAAAAUGGGACAUAAUUUCAUAUAUAUAUUUUCCAAACCAAGAAAAAAUUACCCAAA